AUGGGAAAUACUCUAAAUUCAAAUCUUGAUGAGGGUUAUAAUUUUGGCUCUAUUUGCAAAGUUCAAAUCCAAAUCUUUAUAGUUGAACUUAUAGAUUCCAAAAAAUUUGGGAUGGUUCAGUGCUGGUGCAAAACCGCACACAGAACACAAGGAGUUUUAGGUGGUCACCCAAACUCAGAAUGGCAGAGGAGAGGAGACACUUGGCUCACUAUACUCAACUCACCUCUCUUGCUCUCACCUUCACCGGAGCCCCAGCUCGCUCGACUCCUGUCGCUUUUAAUCUAUGUGGCAACUUCACUAUGGGCGUGGAGAUUCUAUAACUGGGCAUGGGUGACCCCUAAGAGGAUUGAAAAAGUCCUAAGGGAGCAGGGAUUCGAUGGAAACCCCUACAAAUUUUUGGUUGGGGACCUCAAAGAAGCCCACUCCAAGUCCAUUGGCAUCGACGACAAUACCAUUCCACGCAUCUAUCCUAUCGUCCACAAAUACAUUAAAAAAUAUGGAAGGAAGCACUUUGUAUGGUUAGGAAGGAUACCAAGGGUGACAAUACUUGACCCUGAACAUGUAAAGGAGGUCUUGACUUACCACAACACAUUUCAGAAGAAGUUUGCCACACAGAAUCCUCUUUGCAAGCUCUUACUAACUGGACUUGGGGCCCCAGAGGGUGACAAAUACCAUAAACACAAUAAGAUUAUUUCCCCUGCUUUCCAUUUGGAAAAGUUGAAGGGCAUGGUAACUGCAUUUGAUGCUGUAUUCACUGAUUUGAUUGUCGAAUUGAAGAAGAUGACCGAAUCAACUGCGACGGUUGAGUUGGACGUGCACCCUCUCAUUGAGACUGUAACGUGCGGGUGA